AUGGCACGAUCUGGGUAUGGCUCCUCUUCGGGUCCCACACCUCUCCCAGACUAUGACCAGCGUCAACAAGAACGACGGCAGCCACGAAGCAGCUCAUCUGCAGGCCAGCGGCCUCACCGGUCAACAGUACCAGAUAGUGAUGUGACAAGUCCACUUGAAGAGGUCACUGACGUCGUGCUUGCGAGUGAGUACUAUUGGUCGCCAGAGGCGUGGCCACAGCCAAGGGGCCGAGCCACGAGUCCGUACAGUGCAAGCAUCGCGAGCACAUCUACGCGAAAGUCAGGACACAAUGCGAAUCCUGGCCGCAGAAUUAGUCCCAGGCAUGGAAGCUGGGGCGAUGUCAAUGAGGAGCAGUACAGGCUGUCGACACCGUGGGAGCCCCCGAGGACUCCUCAGCUGGGUCGACUCGGCACCCCUGACCUGGAACUGACGCGUAAAUGCGACAAGUUCUGCGACUGCUGUUCUGAUGAGCAGAGGUACAAUCAAGACAGGUCAAAGAUGGAUCUCCAAGUCGAAGCCGCCUUGGCUCACAUGCGCGGUUCUUCAGGCAGACGGCUGUUGACUUCUGGGAAUGACGUUCGCCGGGGGAGAUAA